AUGGAACCGCGUACAGUCCGCGCUUAUUUAGAACAACGCGUCCAACAUCAGUAUUUCGAUGUAAUUCCUUCACGUUGGCGUCCACUUCUGACCAGACUAGCGAAACUCACUCAAACCCUGCAGCGCGACGGGGCAUUAGCAGUAGGUAAUAACAAAGCAGCAGCCAUACGCAGCGACUUCGACCUUGCAAAUGCCCUUCUGGAGGAGGAGCACGAAAUUUACCGGGAGGGCCUGACAUAUCUUCGCGGAAGAAAUAACGGGGAGGAAUGUGCAAACACCGCUGCGCUCAGGCGUUUCCUUCAUGGGAUGCUCUCGUGUAUUGCCGCCAAAGAGAUUUCCAUCACCCACUGGAAGAACUGCCUCACGAGUGUCUCUCCAGACACGCUACGGGUUUAUUGUCAUAUGUGCGUGGCGCACCCGCAUGUGCAGAAGGAUGACACGGCAAGGAUAUGUCUGCUCUAUUCGCAACCGGCGUAA